AUGGCCGCCUCACCAACAAAAUUCAAGCUUAACACCGGCGCCGAAAUACCAGCCAUUGGCCUGGGCACCUGGCAAGACCAAGAUGAGCAGGAGAAAGCAGUAUUGACCGCGCUGGAAGCCGGAUACCGCCACAUCGACACAGCAGAAAUUUACGGCACAGAAACUGCCGUUGGCAGGGCAUUAAAGAAAAGUGGAAUCCCCCGCGACGAAAUCUUCAUAACGUCCAAACUAUGGAAUAAUAAGCAUCACCCAGAGGACGUCGAGUUAGCUCUGAGCCAGUCGCUGAAGAAUCUGGGCGUGAGAUAUGUGGAUCUAUAUCUUAUGCACUGGCCCGUUGCUUUUGCUCGAGGAGACGAACCCUUCCCUAAGGAUGAACAGGGAAAUCCGAAGACUGCGAAGAUUGAUUAUGUCGAUACUUACAACGCCAUGAAGAAGCUCCAGAAAUCCGGAAAAGCCAAGGCGAUCGGGAUCUCCAACUUCUCCAAGGUAGAGGUGGAGCGGCUACUCGCUAAUACUUCUACUAUUCCCGCUGUUCACCAGCUGGAACUGCACCCCUGGCUACAGCAGGAGGAAUUUGUCAAGUUCCACACCAGCAAGGGAAUUCACAUCACACAGUAUUCGUCGCUGGGUAAUCAGAAUAAAAUUUAUAGUAGUGAGAAAGUGGGAAGGAUGCUUGAUGAUCCCGUCCUUAAGGAGGUGGCUGAGGAGACUGGAAAGAACUGUGCGCAGGUUUCGUUGGCUUGGGGAAUUUCGCACGGUCGCUCUGUGCUCGUCAAGUCCAAGACGCCGGAACGUAUUUGGCAGAACUUGCAAUCUGACUUCCAUCUCAAUUCUGGAUAUGUCAAGCAGAUCGAUAACAUUGAUAAGAAGCAACGGUUUAAUGAUUCGAGUGAGGAUUUUGGGUAUAACUUCUUCAUGGAUUUGGAUGGGAAACAGAAAUGA